CGCGCCGAGCCGAGCCGUGCCGUGCCGCGGCAGCGCGGAGCAGCGGCGCGGAGGAUGCGGCGGUGGCACUGCCAGGCUGCCUGAGGAUGCGUUGCCCCUCGACCUGGCCAUCAUCUCACGGGUGCCAGGAACCCGCCUCACUGUCCCUGUGCCACCUUGCUGGGUUCCAGACCUGACGCCUUCGUGGCCAUCUCUGGCGGGAUGGCCCAGGCGGGGGGACCCGUCCGCUUCUACCCCGAGGAGGGCUGCGCUGCCUCACCCCCGCCGUUUGCCCGUGGGGUUGAUCGGAGGCCCUGGCUGGCCGGAGAGAGCCCCGAGGCUGGGAGGCGCAGCCCUCCGCGUUGCCUCACCCCCAACCUCAACGCCGGCCGCCUCCACCUCCUGCGCAAGGGCCUGGCCCUCAACGCCCGCCGCUCUCCCCUUGGCCUCUGCAACAGCACCGGCUCCUUGGCGCGCAAGCCGGUGGAAACAGCUCCCUUCGGCAACGGCAGCUGCCCGGGCGCGGGUCGUCUGACGGCUCCCUGCACCCCGCGACGGGACCGGCCCGGGCCUGCCCUCACCUCCCUGGGCAGCCGCAGCCCACCGAUGGCGGCAGCCCCGGAGGGACACAGCUCUGUCGUCACCUUCCGCUUCAUUGAGAAGGCCAGCGUGCGGACCCUGGGCGGCCUGCCGCCCACCCAGCCCCACCGGGACAACGGGCCCCGCAGCCUCAGCCGCAGCCUGGAGCUUAGCAGGGACAUGCGGUCCCCCAGGCCCCAGCCCUUGCCCCUGCACCAGGAACAGCUUCUAAGCACGCUUAAGUUAGAGGCCUCAGCCUCUGAUCCGCUCCUAACUGGGAGAAGGACCUCAGGGGUGAUGCCUCCCUGUGGGAAGGAGCCCUGCGCCUUCAAUGCCGAUUGCCUCUGCCACCCCCUCAGCAAUGGGCUGCCGGAGGACUUCUCCACCUUCACCAGGAGUGCCCUGAAGCCAGAGCCCCGACCCCAGGGCAGCACCUGGCUGUACCCUCGUCAGAGCUCGGCCCAUGCACAGCGCAUUGCCAGAGCCAAGUGGGAAUUCUUCUAUGGCUCCUCGGACACCCUGAAGACAGGCUCCUCUGCCCCUGACUCUGCUCUCCUGGCUGAGGCUCCCCAGAAGCCUGUCUGCCCGCCACCCACCAAACUGCCAGGGUCAGUGCCUGAGCACAGCUUGAGCCACGUGGAGGUGGAGAUAGAGAUGUCUCCUCCAGGCAGCCAGAAGCCUGGCUCCUGCGAGACUGGGAUUAUAAGGAGGACAGUGAAGUACUCCGAGACAGACCUGGACACCGUGCCACUGAGGUGCUAUCGUGAAACCAACAUUGAUGAUAUCCUGGCUGAGAAGGAGGAGGUGGAUUCAGCAAUUGAGAGCCAGAAGGACAGUGAGAGCAACCCGAGCUUCGGGGGCACCCCGGGCAGGAGGAACAGCACACCAGAGGAGCCCCCCACCCUGGGCACCAGCUUCCCAAAAGGUGGGCUGCAGGAAGGGGACGCAGAUGAAGACGAUGAGGUGUUUGAGGCAACGAGGAAGGAGAACAGGGAAAGGAUCAUGGACCAAGACACACAGGGUAUGCUCAAGUCUCCAGUGCCCUUUCUCCUUGGGCAUAGCCUCUCCAAGGAUGGUAUGGAUUCUUUCAGCAAGCAUUUUGAGAGCAUCAUGGAGUCUCAUCGAGCCAAAGGCACAUCCUACACCAGCUUGGACUCCAUUGACAUUCUCUCCUCCCCUGCCCACACGCAUGGGACCAUUUUCACUUUUGACCUCCCAACCCUCACCCCAGAAGUACAGGGACAGAUCCGGGAUAGUGCCAAGCUGAUUGAGGAGAACUUUGCUCCUCUGGCUCACUUGGAGCCAGACUCUGGGACCAGUUCAGCCACAGAUGCCCCCUGGAUGGAAAGAGAGGAGGAACGGGGCAAACGAAGGAAGGGUGCUUGGCACAGCCCAUGCCACUCAGAGGAGAGCUUUGGUACUCCCUUGGCCUCCAACGUGAGCAACCCCCCCUUGAGCCAGCCAGUUUUGGACUUGGACUCUGAGAUGGACAGCGUGGAGCAGCUGACCCUGGGCAGCACAGACACCCUCUCCAAUGGGCACAAGGCUGACCUGGAGGCCGCCAAACGCCUGGCCAAGAGGCUGUACAACCUGGAUGGCUUUAAAAAAGCAGAUGUGGCCCGCCACUUGGGGAAGAACAAUGAGUUCAGCAGGAUGGUGGCAGGGGAAUAUCUGAAGUUCUUCGUUUUCACAGGGAUGAGCCUGGACCAGGCCCUCAGGUCCUUUCUAAAGGAGCUGGCCUUGAUGGGAGAGACGCAAGAGCGAGAGCGAGUGCUGGCUCAUUUUUCCCAGCGCUAUUACGAGUGUAAUCCCAAUGCUAUCCCAUCAGAGGAUGGAGCCCACACCCUCACGUGUGCCCUGAUGCUGCUAAACACAGAUCUGCACGGACAUAACAUUGGGAAGAGAAUGUCCUGCGCUGACUUCAUUGGCAACCUGGAGGGACUCAAUGGAGGCACUGACUUCCCCAAGGAGCUGCUUAAGACACUAUACGGCUCCAUCAAGAAUGAGAAGCUGCAGUGGGCCAUAGAUGAGGAAGAACUGAGAAAGUCCCUCUCAGAGCUGGCAGACCCCAACCCGAAGUCCAUCAAGCGCAUCAGCAGCUGCAGUAACCCCUUCCUGGACUUCUCCCAAGAUGCCAGCAUCGCCACCUACAAGCACGGACUGUUGGUGCGCAAGAUCCAUGCUGAUCCUGACUGCAAGAAAACACCCCGAGGGAAGCGAGGCUGGAAGCCCUUCCACGCCAUCCUGAAGGGGAUGAUUCUCUACCUGCAGAAGGAGGAGUAUAAGCCAGGGAAGGCACUGGCAGAAGAGGAGCUGAAGAACGCUAUUAGCAUCCACCAUUCACUUGCUACACGGGCAUCUGACUACAGCAAGCGACCCAACGUCUUCUACCUCAGGACAGCUGACUGGAGGGUCUUCCUCUUCCAAGCACAGAACCCUGAACAGAUGCACUCGUGGAUCACACGGAUCAAUGUGGUGGCAGCCAUGUUCUCUGCACCGCCCUUCCCUGCAGCCAUUGGCUCCCAGAAGAAGUUCAGCCGUCCGCUGCUACCCAGCUCCUGUACCAGGCUGUCCCAGGAGGAGCAGGUGAAAAGCCAUGAGUCUAAGUGCAAAGCAAUGACAGCAGAGCUGCUGGAGCAUCGCUCCUCCCUGCCCGAGAAGAAGGUGAAGGGCAAGGAGUACGAGGAGCUGAAGCAGAAGGAAGAGUACCUGGAAUUUGAGAAAUCCCGCUACAGCACCUAUGCCAUGCUGCUGCGGGCCAAGCUGAAGGCUGGCUCCGAGGACCUGGCUGCGUUCGAGUCCACCCUCUGCGAUGCAGCAGGCGGGGAGGAUGAUGGCCUGAAAAAGUCCCGCUCCAGCCCCUCACUCAACGUGGAGCCCUCCAGCACAGCCACCAAGGUGAAGCGCAACGUCUCGGAGCGCUCCGGCCACGCUCCCUCUGGCCACCCCCAGAAGUCAUAAACAAGGGGCGUCAGCCGCCCGUGCUGCAGCUCUGCACCUGCCCCCUGGUGCCAGGGUGGAGGCCACGUGUCAGCCAAGACCCUCCAUGAGUUCAUCUGUGGCACAAGCUGAGGGGGGGCGACAGCCCUUCUGCAGCUGCCCGCACCGUUGGCCCAGUCAGACUCCUUCCUUCCCCCGUCUGUCCUGCGCAUGGCUGCAGGACCCAGUUCCCCUACCCUGGGGAAGGGGAAGCAACUGAAACCCAGCCACAGCACUCAGUUCUUCAGUGGUUUAAAAAAAAAGAGACAACAAAAAUGCAGCAAAACAAAGCCAGUGGCCGCUUCUCCUCUCGCUCCGGUGUGCCAGGAGGGGCAGACAGGAGGGGGCCUAUACCCUCUCCUGGGGUUGGUGGCCAGAGGAGCCAGAGCAAUGGCACCUGGCCCCUCCCUGCCCUCCCAGCCACUUCUGCACCUUCCCCGCUUUCUUACAACUUUUGAACAGUUUUUGUGAUACAGUUUUGCACUUUUUAGUACCAGAUCGAGCUGACCCACCAGGGAGGUUUUUGGGGCUACUUUUGAUGCUUUUUGGGAACUGUUUAAAAAAACAAAAUGACAAACCCAGCCAUAUCCUGUAAGCACUGCACUGAGGGGAGGGAGACCAAGCUCCCCACACCUGCAGCAAGAUGAACAUGGGCUCCUGUGUGUGCUGCUGCCAGCCUCCUAGCCCUGCUCUGGCACCAGCAACCCUCCAGAGACAGCUUUGUGGCCACUGGCACCAAGGCAGCCUUGGGAUGGCAGCACCCAUUGCUGCACUUGUGGCUGUAUGAGGUGCUUCAAUGACACCUGCCCUCCCACAGCCUGGACCAGCCUCGUUUGUGAGCAUUGUACUUGGGGAAUGUUGGGCAGCAGCAUGCAAGUACUCCCAGGAGAUAACCCCCAAAGUUGACUUGGGGUUCCCCACUGCUCUAUAGGGCUGACACAGAGCAGACCCAGCUUUCCUUCCCAUGCCACUUGUCCAGUGCUUGGCCAGGGCCUCAAAGGCUGCCAGCAAAGCCCAGUCUGCAGCAGUGCAAGGUCCUUAUGCUGCAGCAGCAGUGGUGCAGUACUUCCUUGGCCUUGGGCUCCCUCCUUGCCAAGGUAAGGGGCAGGCUGGGGCAGCCCUUGUCACUGGGGUGGGCUGGAAGAUGUAUGUCCAGAGCAAGGAGCUGGUGGUGGAGCAGGGUCAGAGGAGUGCCCAGGGUGCAGAGGGAGGGACAGCAGAAGGGCUGUGGGCAGGGGGCUGGCACAUGCUGUUCUCAGCCACCCAGGGCCUGGCUGGAUUCAGCACUGACUGCGAAUGUGUCAAACUUUUUAUUCUGUUCUUUUGAGUCUAUUGAAAAAA